GCACCUGCGCAGCCAUCUUGUACUUCGAGCGAGAGGAUAGGACAGAAAGAAAGAAUAGCUGGGAAAAUAACGUACUGAUAUUGGAAUAUCCAGGAAUGACCGUCAAAUAAAACCGACAGAACGACACUUUUAGGACUUUAAAUAAGUGAGCUUGCCACCGACAGGUCAAAAAGAAUCUUAACAAGUGCCUCGGAGAAUUCAGACUCACAAGUCAUUCUUUUGCCUCAAAGCGGAGCUCGAGAGGAGGAAGGAACAGUGUCAAAUCGACAGAAAACAGCCCGGCCCUCAGUUACACCAUGAAUCCCGAAUAUGACUACCUGUUCAAACUCCUCCUUAUUGGCGACUCUGGUGUUGGGAAAUCUUGCCUUUUGUUGCGAUUUGCUGAUGACACUUACACAGAGAGCUAUAUCAGCACCAUUGGAGUCGACUUUAAAAUCCGCACCAUAGAGCUGGAUGGCAAGACCAUCAAGCUACAGAUUUGGGAUACUGCAGGCCAGGAGCGAUUCCGCACCAUCACCUCCAGCUACUACCGCGGAGCCCACGGCAUCAUUGUCGUCUAUGAUGUCACAGAUCAGGAAUCCUACAACAAUGUGAAGCAGUGGCUCCAGGAAAUCGACCGCUAUGCCAGUGAAAACGUCAACAAACUGCUGGUUGGGAACAAGUGUGACCUCACCACUAAGAAAGUAGUGGACUACACCACUGCAAAGGAGUUUGCUGAUUCCCUGGCCAUCCCCUUCCUGGAGACCAGCGCCAAGAACGCCACCAAUGUGGAGCAGGCCUUCAUGACCAUGGCAGCUGAGAUCAAGAAGCGCAUGGGCCCCGGCGCCACGGCCGGCGGCGACAAGCCCAACCUGAAAAUCGACAGCACGCCGGUGCGACAGUCUGGCGGCGGCUGCUGCUAAGUACGCUCACACGCACGGAACAGACGGACGGACGGACGGGACGGACCUUCUCCCGGAUCCCCCCACCCCACAUCCACAUCCACCCCCCCUCUCACUCACACACACACACACACACACACACACACACUCACACUCACACACACUAACACACUCACACUCACUCACACACACACACACACUCACACACUCACACUCACACACUCACACUCACACACACACUCAACAUCUCGACAUCCAGCCAAAAUGCCACCAUCCAACAUGGUUCCCCUCCUCCUCUCACUCUCCCACUCCAAACAGUUGAGCCCAGGCCCAGCACUCCUCAGCACCAUCUCACCUCACUCACACACAACCUGACUCAGAGUAACACCGUUCCAGGGACAGCUCUCUAGAGCCUACCAAGAGGCACCACCCAGGUGCUGUGCUCCGAGAGAGAGAGAGGAGGUAGGAGACGAGAGCAGUAUAAUGAUGAUGGGUCAUGUGAGUGCGGAGCAAAGAAGGGAUAGACUGAGAGGAAGGGAGAGAAGGAGAGUAGAAAGAGAGGGAGAAAAGGAGAAAGCAGACAGAGAGGAGGGGAGCGGUGUUUAGCGAUGACUUUCACGUGGGAGGUGUGAAGGAGAGGGUCAGGAGCAGUUAGGAGAGAUAGCUAUUGAUCUGGAGAGAGAGAGAGAGAGAGAGAGAGAGAAGGGACACACAGGGGAGAUUAGGGCCUGCAUGCAGUGUUCAUAUCUCUCUCUUAUCUCCAACUAACACAUACACACACAAAUGCACAUA